AACUGAAACUUGUAAAACUUGACUCUAAAACAGUUUUUUACUAUUUGGUGGACCAACUAGCUUGAAACAUAAGUUUUGCAUGUAGUUUACCUUAUUGAAAAGCUGAAAUAUUUCUUGGCGAUUACUUUUUUUAUUCUUUUGACAAAGUGAUAUUAAAAGAGUUGAAAAUAAGGAUUGACGAACUUUUUUACUUAAUUAAACUAGCGAGUGAGUUGGUACAGCCUCAAGAUACUUUCAUCAAGAAUGUGCGUAAAUACAACUAUUAGAAUACAAGAUUCAGUAAAAACCGAGCUUUCCUUCCGGAGCAGCCUGAACUGAAACUUACAAUUUUGUAUUUGUCGCCUGAGAAUUACAUGGUUCUGGGACAAUUCUGAUCUGUUUUAAACUGAUAGAGUGGUCUGGUAUAGGGUAGUGAUUGGGUAAUCUGAUUCAAACUGAUAGGAUGAUCUUGAUCAGGGUGGUCUGAUAGGGUUAUCUGAUAGGGUGAUCUGGUUCAAACUAAUAGAGUUCUGGAACAAACUGAUCUGGACAGGGAUCUGUCAUCUUUUAUGUUAUAAGAGUUUAGCUUGAUUUUUAUAAUUAAUUAACAAUUAAUAACAAUACAAACUACUUUAAAAUUAUAUAAAUAGUAUUAUAAGUUUAAUCAUGUAUAAAGUUUAAACUUGUGUACGUGCUAUUCGUAAGCAUCUGCUAGUCUGCCUAAAUGCUUUAUUGAAAAUGUAAUAUUGCAUUGAUAUUUUUCAAGUGUAUUAGGUUGGUACAAAGUAAAUUUGCAUAUUUUAAAAUCAAAUUUGAUACACAUUCUAUUAGCACGCGUAUCGAUCGAAAAUGUUCUUAAUGUUUGAGUUUGUUAAAUUUGAUAAGUCAACGUUCACGUUUCUUCGUUAAAGAGAAAAGAAGAAAGUGUUGUAACAACAAUAAAAAAAAGUAAUUCGAAGCCUCCUCGACUGAUGUGACCUUUCCAGCCUUGGAAAAGUGUAUGAAGUAAAAAAAAAAAAGAAGAGUAAUAAUAAUAAUAAUAAUAAUAAUAAUAAUAAUAGUAAUAAAACCUUGCAAAAGGUUCAAAAAAUAAUUCUCACGUUUACUUAUUUGAAACCUAAACAUUUUUUUGUAAAAAAAAAAAGCUGUUAGUAGCACGUAUUUCUUUUAUUUAUUUAGCGAUAAGGCUUUAAUAACAAAAGAAAAUUGUAAAUAGAUAAUCAAAGAACUUAUUACCUGAUAAUUAGAAAUCAUAUUUUAACCACUUUUUAAUUUAAAUAACUUUUAGUUACUUUGUCUUUUAAUAACCUAAAUUAUUCACCGUUUACGCGCGCAGCCUUAGAGCAUCUUACAAAUGACGAACUUUGAAAUUGGUUUAACUCUAAUUUAGUCUGGUUUAAUUUAUGUCUUAUACAGGUCAAUAUAAAUACUACGGCCAAUACAAAUAUUGUUUUUAGGUCAAUGCACGUUUUCUCAGAAAUUUAGCUAAUUCAAAAAUAAUGCAAAGAAAAUGUUUGUGAGUUUAAUGCUAUAAUUGAUAUGUUUAAUCCAAAUGACAAUCACAAUGCUAUUGAAUGUUUGCUUUUAUCUCCUCCAUAUGGUUUUAUUAACAAAAUUGGUUACAAUGAACUUAGUUUAUGUGAAGUAAUUGGAAGAGGUGCUUACGGUACUGUUCAAAAAGCAAUAUGGAGAAAUCAUAUGGUUGCAAUUAAAAUUCCAGUAAAUCAAAAUGAUUGUAAAGAAUUCAGUGAAGAAGCAAAGCAGUUAUCGAUUGUGCAGCACAGAAGCAUAAUCCAACUAUAUGGAACAGUUAUAAAUGGACCAAAACUGUGCUUAGUGAUGGAGCUAGCAGAUUGUGGUUCAUUACAUAACUUGCUGCAUCCACCACUUGGGGACAAAACUUUUCAUUACACACUUGCUCAUGUGUUAAGUUGGGCAUUACAAUGCGCUGAAGCAGUUGAAUAUCUACACAAUAUAAAGCCAAUGCCUAUCAUACACAGAGAUCUAAAACCACCAAAUAUGUUGUUAAAGCAAUCUGGGACUGUUUUAAAAAUAUGUGAUUUUGGCACAGCAUGUCAUCCUCAUUCAGAAAUGUCUUCUACUAAAGGAAGUGCAUCCUGGAUGGCACCAGAAGUAUAUAGAGGAGCAAAAUAUGCUGAGAAAUGUGAUGUUUAUAGCUUUGGAAUCAUACUUUGGCAGAUGUUAACUAGAAAAAAACCAUUUGAUGGAAAUCCAUUUCAAAUAAUGUGGAAUGUGAGUGAAGGAAAGCGGCCUUUUCUAAUAAAUGGUAUACCAUCAUGUUUAGAAAUUCUCAUUCAGAGGUGUUGGCAGAAAGAAGGAAAAGAUCGACCAGCCUUUGUUGAUAUUGUGAAAUUUUUGCGUAAAGUCAAUUUGUAUGUAUCAGGCGGAGAAUUACCUUUGAUGGAGUGUGCACAAUCUGCUUGCAAACAACCUUGGGUUGAUAAUGAAACAAAGACAUCGAUACCUAGCAAAACAAACGAGGGUCACAUUAUUAAUACAAGUCAAUCAGUUAUAUCAGAAAGUAAUCCUAUGUCUUCAAUGAAACAAUCUCCAUUUAUUGCUAUAUCUGCACCCAAAAUUUCAAAAAGAAUUUCUUCAAGUUAUCCAGAAAAAUUUAAUCCUCAAAUAAUACAAGAAACUUUAUCAACAAGCAUUGAUAGUGAAAUUAUGUCAUCAGUAUCUAUAAAAAAAAACAAUCAAGAACGAAAUAUUAAAUCUGAAAAUAUUUCCAUGUCUUCAAUAAGUAUUAAUGAACACUACCAAUUAAUGCCACCAAAGUUUUCUAAUCCAUGUCAAAGCCAAUGGAAUUUAAUUCCACCAGAAUUGAUGCCAAUUUGUCCACUAGAAGAUCCAAGAUCUUAUCACAUAUAUGAAAAUUAUAUGGAAGCAUUAAAAAAGUAUAUAUCUAUGCAAGAAAAUAUAGAGUUUCUUAAACAAAGAAGAGAUAAUUUGAAAAAGAAUAUAAUUGAUUUAAGUAAAGAACAAACUAAAAAUCCUUGCCUGGCCGACUUCAUCGCAGCUCAAGAAAGCAGGCAACAAUUGCUGGAUAUGCACAAGAUGAUAAAACCAUUGCUAGAAAAUGAACGCGCUAAAUUCGCUAAAAAGUCUUUAAUAAAUCGAUAAUUUUUUUAUUAAUUUAUUUCAAUUUAUAAUUAAAAAGCCUUUUGACUGAAAUAUUUUUUUUAAAUGA